AUGUGUCAAAUCAAUAAGGAUAAAUAAAAUUUUAAGGAGUCUAAAAUUACAUUCAUGACUUCUCAAUUUUUUCAAUUAGGAUAAGAAUCUUAUAAUUAUUAUUUGAAAUUGUGUUCUUAUGAAAGUAAAGAAAAAUUCGCUUAGAUUUAUUACAAAUUGAUAUAUAAGCUAAUAGUGAUUAUAAGUAAGAGGCUUUAGGGAUUGAAUGGUUUGAAAUUAGGUGUUCAAUUGACAGUAGGGAUUGUCCAUAGAGUAGAAUAGGAUAAACACUUUAAUAAAAUUUUAGCUUAAAUUUUGGUAAAUACUUUAAUUGAUAUAAUUAUCAUCAUUCAAUCCAGGAGAUUGUAAUGGAUUCUAUUAAGCAAAAUUAAAUGA